AUGUCUUCCUCGAGAGUCACCCCAGUCUUCGUCCAACCCUCUAUUGGUAAAGAAGAUGGGUUCACCAAUGCCACCAACAUUGAUGAAAUUGUUAAGUUUUGCUGUCCCAGAUUCUUUGCACCAGGAAUGAAAAUAUUGCUAAAAGAAGUUUACUCUACAGAAGUUCGACGCCUCAACGUUGCAGCCUCUGUCGAAAUGCUCAGCAAUCAUUUGACAGCGGGGACAUAUCCUCCCAAAUUCAAGGGUCCAUCAAACCCCCAAAGAUUCAAUUCUCCAUGA